CCUCGUCUCCCUCGGUGCGGUCCCGUCCGCCUCCCACCUCCCCCUGGAACUCCGGAGGCGCUCCGGCACCCCGCACGGCGGCCGCGGCGGCGGCGGCGGCGGCGGCGGAGGGGGCGGGCUGGCCGGCAGGCGGUGAUGUGGCGGGACUCUUUGUGCACCGCGGCAGGAUAUGUGCUCGGACGUUGGGACGCGGCUGCGCUCAGUUCUCUCCUCUCGGAAGCUGCAGCCAUGAUGGAAGUUUGAGAGUUGAGCCGCUGUGAGGCGAGGCCGGGCUCAGGCGAGGGAGAUGAGAGACGGCGGUGGCCGCGGCCCAGAGCCCCUCUCAGCGCCCGUGAGCAGCCGCGGGGGCAGCGCCCUCGGGGAGCCGGCCGGCCGGCGGCGGCGGCGACAGCGGCGACGUUUCUCGCCUCCUCUUGGUCUUAUUUUCUAACCGUGCAGCCUCUUCCUCGGCUUCUCCUGAAAGGGAAGGUGGAAGCCGUGGGCUCGGGCGGGAGCCGGCGGAGGCGCGGCGGCGGCACCUCCCGCUCCUGGAGCGGGGGGGAGAAGCAGCGGCAGCGGCCGCGGCGGCUGCAGCUCCGGGGAGGGGGUCGGAGUCGCCUGUCACCAUUUCCAGGGCUGGGGACGCCGGAGAGUUGGUCUCUCCCCUCCUACUGCCUCCAACACGGCGGCGGCGGCGGCGGCACAUCCAGGGACCCGGGCCGGUUUUAAACCUCCCCUCCGCCGCCGCCGCACCCCCCUUGGCCCGGGCUCCGGAGGCCGCCGGAGGAGGCAGCGGUUCCGAGGAUUAUUCGUCUUCUUCCCAUUCCGCUGCCGCCGCUGCCAGGCCUCUGGCUGCUGAGGAGAAGCAGGCCCAGUCGCUGCAACCAUCCAGCAGCCGCCGCAGCAGCCAUUACCCGGCUGCGGUCCAGAGCCAAGCGGCAGCAGAGCGAGGGGCAUCAGCCACCGCCAAGUCCAGAGCCAUUUCCAUCCUGCAGAAGAAGCCCCGCCACCAGCAGCUUCUGCCAUCUCUCUCCUCCUUUUUCUUCAGCCACAGGCUCCCAGACAUGACAGCCAUCAUCAAAGAGAUCGUUAGCAGAAACAAAAGGAGAUAUCAAGAGGAUGGAUUCGACUUAGACUUGACCUAUAUUUAUCCAAACAUUAUUGCUAUGGGGUUUCCUGCAGAAAGACUUGAAGGCGUAUACAGGAACAAUAUCGACGAUGUAGUAAGGUUUUUGGAUUCAAAGCAUAAAAACCAUUACAAGAUAUACAAUCUAUGUGCUGAAAGACAUUAUGAUACCGCCAAAUUUAACUGCAGAGUUGCACAGUAUCCUUUUGAAGACCAUAAUCCACCACAGCUAGAACUUAUCAAACCCUUCUGUGAAGAUCUUGACCAAUGGCUAAGUGAAGAUGACAAUCAUGUUGCAGCGAUUCACUGUAAAGCUGGAAAGGGACGAACUGGUGUAAUGAUUUGUGCAUAUUUGUUACAUCGGGGCAAAUUUUUAAAGGCACAAGAAGCCCUAGAUUUCUAUGGGGAAGUAAGGACCAGAGAUAAAAAGGGAGUAACUAUUCCCAGUCAGAGGCGCUAUGUGUAUUAUUAUAGCUACCUGUUAAAGAAUCAUCUGGAUUAUAGACCAGUGGCACUGUUGUUUCACAAGAUGAUGUUUGAAACUAUUCCAAUGUUCAGUGGCGGAACUUGCAAUCCCCAGUUUGUGGUCUGUCAGCUAAAGGUGAAGAUCUAUUCCUCCACUUCAGGACCCACACGACGGGAAGACAAGUUCAUGUAUUUUGAAUUUCCUCAGCCUUUGCCUGUGUGUGGUGACAUCAAAGUAGAGUUCUUCCACAAACAGAACAAGAUGCUAAAAAAGGACAAAAUGUUUCACUUUUGGGUAAAUACAUUCUUCAUACCAGGACCAGAGGAAACCUCAGAAAAAGUAGAAAAUGGAAGUCUAUGUGAUCAAGAAAUUGAUAGUAUUUGUAGUAUAGAGCGUGCAGAUAAUGACAAGGAAUAUCUAGUACUCACUUUAACAAAAAAUGAUCUUGACAAAGCAAAUAAAGACAAGGCCAACCGAUACUUCUCUCCAAAUUUUAAGGUGAAGCUGUACUUUACAAAAACAGUAGAGGAGCCAUCAAAUGCAGAGGCUAGCAGUUCAACUUCUGUUACGCCAGAUGUUAGUGACAAUGAACCUGAUCAUUAUAGAUAUUCUGACACCACUGACUCUGAUCCAGAGAAUGAACCUUUUGAUGAAGAUCAGCAUACACAAAUUACAAAAGUCUGAUUUUUUUUUUUUUUAUCAAGAGGGAUAAAACACCAUGAAAACAAACUUGAAUAAACUGAAAAUGGACCUUUUUUUUUUUUUUUUUAAUGGCAAUAGGACAUUGUGUCAGAUUUCCAGUUAUAGGAACAAUUCUCUUUUCCUGACCAAUCUUGUUUUACCCUAUACAUCCACAGGGUUUUGACACUUGUCGUCCAGUUGAAAAAAGGUUGUGUAGCUGUGUCAUGUAUAUACCUUUUUGUGUCAAAAGGACAUUUAAAAUUCAAUUAGGAUAAAUAAAGAUGGCACUUUCCCAUUUUAUUCCAGUUUUAUAAAAAGUGGAGACAGACUGAUGUGUAUACGUAGGAAUUUCUCAUUUUGUGUUCUGUCACCAACUGAAGUGGCUAAAGAGCUUUGUGACAUACAGGUUCACAUCCUACCCCUUUGCACUUGUGGCAACAGAUAAGUUUGCAGUUGGCUAAGAGGAGUUUCUAAAGGGUUUUGCUAUUUUCUAAUGCAUGUAUUUGGGUUAGGGGAAUGGAGGGAAUGUUCAGAAAGGAAUUUAUUUUAUGCUGGACUCUGGACCAGAUACCAUCUCCAGCUAAUUACAUGCACCUUUCUUUAGCAUGCUACAGUUAUUAAUCUGGACAUUUGAGGAAUUGGCCGCUGUCACUGCUUGUUGUUUGUGCAUUUUAUUUUUUUUAAGCAUAUUGGUGCUAGAAAAGGCAGCUAGAGAGAGUGAAUCUGUAAUGGGGUAUAGGAAUGAACCUUCUAUAACAUCUUAAAAAUUCACGAAGGGAUUUAAAAAUAACCUGGUUAUAGAUAAGAAACACAGCAACAAUGACUUAACCAUACAAAUGUGGAGGCUAUCAACAAAGAAUGGGCUUGAAAUGUUAUAUAAAUUGACAAUGAUUUAUUAAAUAUGUUUUCAAUUGUAAUGACUGCUCCAUCUCCUGUGUAAUCAAGGCCAGUGCUAAAAGUCAGAUGCUAUUAGUACCUACAUCAGUCAACAACUUACAUGUAUUUUAUUAGUUUUCAAUCAUAUACCUGCUGUGGAUGCUUCAUGUGCUGCCUGGAAGCUUCUUUUUUCUCAUUAAAUAUAAAAUAUUUUGUAAUGCUGCACAGGAAAUUUCAAUUUGAGGUUCUACAGUAAGCGGUUUUUUUUUCCUUUAAGAUUUAUGAUGCACUUACUCAAUCCAGUAGCUGUCAGCCGUUCCACCCUUUUGACCUUACACAUUCUAUUACAAUGAGUUUUGCAGUUUUGCACAUUUUUUAAAUGUCAUUAACUGUUAGGGAAUUUUACUUGAAUACUGAAUACAUAUAAUGUUUAUAUUUAAAAGGACAUUAUUUGUGUUAAAAAGGAAAUUAGAGUUGCAGUAAAUUUUCAACACUGCACAAAUAAUAAGGCAUUUACAUUUUCAGUAGAAAUUGUCCCACAUAAUGCUUUAUUAAUUCGCUAUUGAAAAACUUUUUUUAAAAUGUGCAGUGUUGAACCAUUUCUUCAUAGUGCUAGAGUUAGGGCUAGGGCUUCAAUUUCACUUCUUAAAUAUAUAUUUGAUAUGCCCAGACUGCAUACAUUUUUUAGCAGAGUACAACUAUUGUAAAACAGUUGUGAAGAUACUAUUAAAAAUAAUUUUUUCCCAGAAAUUUGGUGUCUUUCAAAUUAUAUCUUGACCUUGAAACAUUUGAAUAUCUAACCAGUUUCUUUCUUAAUGGUGUAAAAAAAUCUCAUUUUCAAUAACUUAUUGGUGCUGAAAUUGUUCACUUGCUGUGGUCUGACCUAAUAAAUUUACAAGUACAGAUUGCAUAGGUCCUAUUAGAGCAGCAUCUAUAGAGUUUGAUGGUAAAUAGAUUAGGCAGAACUUCAUCUAAAAAAAUUCUUAGUAAAAAAUGUUGACAUGUUUUUUCCAUACCUCGUCAGUUUCAUUUAACAAAGUUUUUAAAAUUUUAACAAAGCUCUUAGGAUUUACACAUUUAUAAAUAUUGAUAUAUAGAAAAUUGGUUGACUGCUCAUAAGUUAAAUUGAUAGACAACUAUUCCUAAGAUAUCACCACUGAAAUUUAUAUGUCACUUUCAUAAAACCUGAAAAUUGUUGACUAAAAUGAGAAUCAAUUUUGAAGAUAUUUUGAAGAUAGUUAUUAAUACUUGUUAGUUUGGGGCACAGUAUAUUAAAAAAAAAACAACAACAACCUUGUAUUCUAGUAUGUAACAUGGAGGGCCAGGUCAUAAAUAAUGACAUUAUAAUGGGCUUUUGCACUGUUAUUUUUCCUUUGGAAUGUGAAGGUCUGAAUGAGGGUUUUGAUUUUGAAUGUUUCAAUGUUUUUGAGAAGCCUUGCUUACAUUUUAUGGUGUAGUCAUUGGAAAUGGAAAAAUGGCAUUAUAUAUAUAUAUUAUAUAUAUAAAUAUAUAUUAUACAUACUACUACUACUCCUCCUUUAUUUCAGUUACCAUCCCCAUAGAAUUUGACAAGAAUUGCUAUGACUGAAAGGUUUUUGAGUCCUAAUUAAAACUUUAUUUAUGACAGUAUUCAUAAUUAGCCUGAAAUGCAUUCUGUAGGUAAUCUCUGAGUUUCUGGAAUGUUUUUUUAGACUUUUUGGAUGUGCAGCCGCUUACAUGUCCGAAGUUACUUGAAGGCAUCACUUUUAAGAAGGCUUACAAUUGGGCCCUGUACCAUCUCAAGUCCUCUGUAGCUCCUCUUGAACGUUUUUUUGCCAUAAUUACUAAAGGGUAGUUGAAUAAUAGCAUCACCAUUCUUUGCUGUGGCACAGGUUAUAAACUUAAGUGGAGUUUACCGGCAGCAUCAAAUGUUUCAGCUUUAAAAAAUAAAAGUAGGGUACCAGUUACAUGUUUAGUUCUAGAAAAUUUGUGCAAUAUGUUCAUAACGAUGGCUGUGGUUGCCACAAAGUGCCUCGUUUACCUUUAAAUACUGUUAAUGUGUCAUGCAUGCAGAUGGAAGGGGUGGGACUGUGCACUAAAGUGAGGACUUUCACUGCAGUUUUGGCAGAGUUGCCUUCUACCCUGCCAGUUCAAAAGUCAAUCUGUUUUCAUAUAGAAUAUAUAUACUAAAAAUUUCAGUCUGUUAAACAGCCUUACUCUGAUUCAGCCUCUUCAGAUACUCUUGUGCUGUGCAGCAGUGGCUCUGUGUGUAAAUGCUAUGCACUGAGGAUACACAAAAAAAAUAUGUGUACAGGAUAAUGCCUCAUACCAAUCAGAUGUCCAUUUGUUAUUGUGUUUGUUAACAACCCUUUAUCUCUUAGUGUUAUAAACUCCACUUAAAACUGAUUAAAGUCUCAUUCUUGUCAUUGUGUGGGUGUUUUAUUAAAUGAGAUUAUCACUUAAAUGGUUUAAAUUGAUUGGAACUUUAAAUAAUGGACAACCAAAUGUGAUGAAGAGUUUUCUGUAAGGUUUAUUUUUUUUUCUGUCUUGCAAAGCAUACAAUUAUCAAAAUGGGGUAUGUCAGCUUGGUAUCAGUCACUACUCAUGUUUAAGAGGCAUUUUUUAGGGCCUUAGUCAACACUUUAAAAUUGUCUCAAGCACAUAAAAUAAAAUUCUGUUUGAAAAAGUU